AUGAAUAAGAAAGAAAAGAAAAAGCUGAGAUACAUGACCAAGGAGAAACAGUACUCCAUUGAGGAAAUUGAUAAAAUUGAUGUAAGACGAUACAACGAAUUAUCUCGUUUCUCGAAAAACAAAAACAAAAGAAAUGCACUUAAAGGCAAAGCAUACGUGAAGAAAUUAAUUUUACGUAAGCAAAAAAAAGAUGAAAUAAAAAAAAAAAAAUCCUUAAAUAUACCUGUGGAAAAAAAAAUACCAAGAAGUAUAGAAAGGCUAGCUAUCUUUGAUGAAAAUAAAAUUAAUGAAGCAAAUGUAAAUUUUUUAUUGGAUGAAAAAUGUAUAGAUGAAUUUAGCGACUAUUUUAAACAAAAAAAAGAACCAAAUAUUGUUAUAACGUCUAUUAAAAGACCAUCAAAAAAUACUAUAUUAUUUAUGAAAGAAUUAUCCUUAACAUUUCCUCAUAUUUUUUAUGAACCAAGAGUGGAUCAUUCAAUUGAAUUUCUCAUCAAAAAUUCUAUACAAAACAAUUUCUCCACCUUUAUAUUAAUCGAAGAGGGAAUAGAUAAACACCCAAAAUACAUGUUCAUUUCAACUCUUCCAAAUGGCCCAACAACGAAAUAUUCACUAACCAAUGUGCUUUAUGCACACAAAAAAAAAACGGACAUUGAAAUAACGACUCUUCCACCCGAAGUUUACAUUACGAAUUUUAACACAUUUAUUGGCGAGAGAAUAAAAAGACAACUUCACACCUUGGUCCCCUUUAACCCUUCUUAUAAAUCCCAGAAGGUUGUUGUUUUUUACAACCAACGGGAUUUUAUUUUUUUUCGUCACUUUAAAUAUAAUUUCCUCACUAAGAAGAAGUGUAAAUUAAACGAAAUUGGACCGGCAUUUACUUUGCAGCUCCUUAGUCUUAAGGAUGGGUUGAUUAACGACAAGGAAAAAAUGUAUGAAUUUGUUCUUAGACCAGAUAUGAAAGUUAACAGAAAGAAAAUGUACCUAUAA